UUAAAUGUUUUCUCUUCAAUUUAACAAAUCACCAAGUUUUCAUUUUUCUAUUUAUUAAUUUAUUUAAUUACAAUUAAAUUCCAAUCAUGUUGGAUUUAAAUGAUUUACAAAAAAUCGGCCUGGGAUUGGCGAUGUUUGGUCUUUCCUUUCUGGUCUUAGGUGUUUUCUUAUUAUUUGAUAAAGGUUUACUUGCCAUUGGAAAUAUUCUAUUCCUUUCUGGAUUAACGUUUAUCAUUGGUUUUCAGAGAACAUUUUUCUUUUUCUUUCAACGUCACAAAUGGAAAGGAUCUUCAGCUUUUUUCAUUGGGCUAACAAUUGUUUUCUUAGGUUGGCCCUUUGUUGGUAUGAUUGUUGAAAUGUAUGGAUUUAUACUUUUAUUUAGAGGAUUCCUUCCGGUAGCUGUUUCUUUUGUACGUAGAAUACCCGUAAUUGGUACAAUUUUAAAUCUUCCCAUAAUCAGUAAGAUUGCUGAUGCUUUGGGUGGUGAUUCUCAUCGAUCUAUGGUUUAAGACACAACUUUUUUUUCCUUCUCUUUCUCAUGUAAACAUUUUAAUUAUUACUAUUCCUUUUUUGUAAAUUCUCCCGCUAUCAAACCUAUCAAAUUGGUUAAGAAAAAAAAACAACAACAACAAGAGAAAAUGAAAGUAAAUCAAUCAAUAUAUUUUUCACUUUCAACUUGAAAA